AAUAAAGUUUAGGCCUUGUAUCAAUUGUACCCACAGGGACAUUGUUUCAGAAAAUAGUUUGGAAGCAAUCCGGGAAAUAGUGUCCAGCCUGAGAAAUGCUCGAACUUUGGGUAACGGUUGGUUAUUCAGAGGCGAAGGUAUCGCUCACCAAGGGGUAGUCAAUGAAAUUGUGGCUUACAUUGAACAUGGUUCCUCGCGAUCUGUUCGAACCAUGCUAGAAGCAGGAUGGAGAUUGGAAUCUUCUCAAGCUCUGUAUACUUACUUAACUCGUUUGAAUCAACCAUUAAUUCCCUUUUCAAUUCAGUCGUUAGUCCUAGAUGCCAGUAACAUCGAUGUAACACCGGAAAUAGUAGCAUCCGAUGUUCUAGGGCUUAUUAGAGAAGAACUAUCAUCAAGGCACAAAGUGCUCAUUGGUUUAAUUCUUCACCUGUUGGAUUGCAGUAUAAAGUUGUCUCCUGCCGAUGAGCUCAGAGGACAUACUCUACCAGUGUCUUUGCUUCCGUUGUUUUUUAAUAUCGAGAAUUACCACUUUAUGCACGAAUGGAGAAGGAUUCUGGCAAUUUUCGUCGAAUUAAUCAGACAAGCACCCAAUGCCCUACUUGUAGAAGAAUCUCAAUCGGAAGCAUUGCUUUGAAUUUAUCUAUCAAAUAAAUGAGCCAUGUAUAGUCCUUUUAUUAACAUGUAUUUAGGUUAUAUAAAAAUACUGCAAUAA